AUGCCGGAUGCACAAGUCUACAUUCAGGAUGUCUCUCUUCCUGAAAAGACAAGUCGACCAAGGAGUUCUGCACCAAAGCUGCCUAAACUGGGAAACCCAACCCCUCUAGUUUUCAUUUUAUCUAUAUACAAUACUGGAGCUUUUGGGAUUCAGAUUCCAAACGUCGUUGUCGGUGUUUCACUGUUCACUGGUGGUGUCGUUCAAUUCGCCGCCGGCAUGUGGGAAUUUAAGGUUGGCAAUACAUUUGGUGGAACUGGUUUCGGCGCUUUCGGUGGUUUCUGGGCAUCCUAUGGUGUUAUCUAUAUUCCAGCAUUUGGAAUUCAAGAAGCCUUUGGAGUUACGACUGACAUAACAACAGGCAGUAUUGUGGCCAUAAAUGCAACCGCG